CAUCCGCGGGAGUGAUCUCACCCCGCCGGGUUCCCCGGGGUUCUCGUGCAUGCCGAUUCGGACGGGUCCGCGACGCGAUAUGGCCGCGUACGAUCUUCCGCGCUCGCCGUUGCUAUUGCUGAUAAUCACGCUGUUCAUCGCGGCGCUAUCCUCGUCUGUCAAUGCGACGACAGCUGGCACGUUCUCGGGGUCCUCGGUACCGUCACCGCCCGGUCGCAAUCCUCCAACCGAAUCACCGUCAUCGACGAUCGAGCCAUCCGAUGCAACGGGUGACAAGAAAGCAUUGCAGUAUUCAAGUGUGGCGGAAGGAGGACCUAUAUUAAUAUCUACACCACAACACGGAAGUAUUGAAAUUACAACUGAAUCCAACAAAUUUGGCGAAACCGAAAUAAGAGAGAAUGCGCCUAUGGAAAGAUACGCUAGUCCUUCUGUGGCUCCAAGGAAAGAAGCUAAGGAUAAAAUAAAAGCAAGGAAAGGAGUUCCAGACUAUAUAUCAACGAAGAUUGAUCAGAAUAUUGAUCAGAAUAUUGAUCCAGAGAAGGAAAAUGUAUCAUUUAAUCAAACCACAUUCGAAAAUACGAAACCCAUAGUGGAAAGUAGUCCUGUGAUCAGCGAAACAUCUCAUAUCAAAUCUGAAAUUUCCAACAUUAGUACUACGAAAUUAAAUGCUACUAAUCCACAUUCUGAUAGUAGCUUAAAUCACGGUAUAAACUCUGGUUAUUCUAAUUCAAGUCCGAUAUCAGCAAACGAAACUACAUCUCACCCAAAGAUUAAGAAUAGCACGACAACGUUGAAAACAUCCUCGCAUAUUGAAAAGCAUAUACCGAAGCCUAAACCAACGGUAACGACUGUUGACGGGCCAGAAAUUAAUGAAUCUAUACCGCUCUCACGAACGAAGAAUCCUCCAUUAGGCAUGCCAAGAAAAAUCGAUUAUAUUGUACCGGUCAUUAUAACAAUUGUUGCUUUACCGAUAUUAGGUGCUGCGGUUUUCGUAUUAUACAGACGCGGUCGAGAUUGCUGGGAUAAGAGACAUUAUCGAAGGAUGGACUUCCUGAUCGACGGGAUGUACAAUGACUGAGAAUUGCAUGAAAGUGAAAGUCUGUUCCAUGAGAUUAAAGACGUUAUAUAAGAGGCAAUAAUUAGUUUCCAUAUUCUUUUAUUUGCAAAUGCAAAUUUGUAUAUGUUCUCUUGAAAUAUUUCAAGUAACGAUAUACUGAUUCCUUUUUAACGAUAUAAAUGUCCAAAUGACAAAACGAUAUUUAUUAUUAGAAUAUAUCAAAGAAGUUGAUACUUUUAUAAUCAUAUUGAACGAUAUAUUGUUCUAAUCAUAACAUUGUGCUAAUCAUAAUAUCGUAAUAAUGUCUAAGCUUCCUACAUUGAUAUAUAAAUUUGUGCUAUAUAAUUUUUUUAUUAUAUUAUUGCCUUAAUAAUAAUAUAGUGAUAAUUAUAUAUAGUAAUUGACAUGUUAAAGUUCGAGAUUGUAUUAAAGAAGAGAUAUUGUCGAUGGUAUUAUAACAAUGAUUUUGUAAAUACUUUACUGCAGUUUCUAAAUUUAAUAUAAUUUUCUAAAGUAUUUUUAAAGUGUAUAUGUUUAUAUAUAUAAUUUUUUUAAAACUUGUUUCUAUAAAUGUGAAUAAAUUUUUGUAUUAUAUUUUUCUAAAGCGAUCUUUCGUUUCUUUUAUAUGUUAAUGUCGCAUUUGAUGCCGUCUCUUACAUUAGAAAAUGUUAAAGAGAUUUAUCGAGGGUCCAAUUGCUAAAUCUGACAAUAAUAGUUCAAUUUCUGCAGAGCCAGGAACUAUGUCUUCGAUUCAACGAAAUCGCAUUGUGCUUUGGAAACGUUCCCUCAAUGAAUAAUAUUGCACGCAAUUUUUUUGCGUAUGCAAGAACCAUAGUUUAUAAGAAUUAACAUACGAAAUGCAAUAGUGUACACAAAUUUUACCAAAGAGCUACUCGAUUUAUACAUUGUAAGUUUGUUAGAUGUAUUUUUUGUUUGUACCAUAGAUAUAAAGUUGUAUCUUUUUGCAGGAUAAAUGAGAAAAAUGUCUAAUCUAUUUAGAUUCACCUAGUGAGAAUACUUUAUUGUAAUUACCGUAUAUAUGCAGCAUAUCAGAACAGACACUAUGAAAUAUUUGUAAAUAUGACGACCGAUGAAUUGUAAAAUUACUCAAUUUGUGUAAGACUUUUUGAGAUUGCGAUUUUUAAAAGUAAAAUAUUGCGUUUUAGAUCUUUGAAAGUCUAUAUUUCUUCAAAUAUAUGCAAGAAAAAGCAAUAAUUAUUAUUAUUUUUGUACUCUGUAAGAAAAAAAAUAUUCACAUUGUUACAAAAAAAUAUACAAUAUAUUUGCAAA